UCAAAUUGUGUCAAGUUAAUCACGAUAAGUUUAAGAGUAGUAAAACUCUAUAAAACUUAAAAUUCACAAAACUCGCAAUAAUUAAAUAAAUCGAUUGGGAAUAAAGUAUUAACUGUAUUUGUUGAAAAUGGCGUCCAGUCACCUUUCUGAAGAUGAUUUGAAUAGGAUUGUGGAACUAAUUUUACAAGACAAUGAGAUUUGCACAGACGGGGACACUCUUCGUGAACUACCAAGCGUGUACCAGCCUUCGCCAAUUGAAAAGACGACUCCUAAAUCGUUAGAUGCCUGUCCUUUAAUGUCUGACUGGAAAAAGGGACUGCUAGCGAAGUUAUUGGCUCUGUUUACUAAUCCUCAAUUGAUACAGCAAUUUAACGAAAGCAUAAAACUCGAUGGAUGGAAAUGCACUUUGGAAAGAUACAUGUCGGAUAUUGUUGUAUCAGGACUUGCUACUAUCGUGACUACGCCAAUGGAUGUGGGUCUGAACUCUCUUCAAGAAAUAGAGGUGCACAAGGGGGACCUGCCUAGGGGGGUCCCCCGACAUGCAGUGAAGCCCAACUUUCUAUACAGUAAAGCCCAAUAA